AUGGUUCUACUUGAUCGAGCACCCACUAUUCCAUCUCCGUUUUCAGUGCCCGAUGAUUUAGUAGAGUUCAUUGGUCCCUCCUGUCCCACAUGCGGCGGGCCGGCUCACUCUGGUGUCGUAUGGUCAUUUGUAAUUUCCUCUCUCUUACACCUCCGCUUGCCGUCUUGCUUUCCUGGCGCCUCAUCUGCAAUCACAACUCCAACCAUGCUUCCAAGCGCACCUAGCCUAGAGUUUACGGCAUCAUCUGACUUGUCGUCGAACCGGCCGAUCUGCACAUUUAACCUAGACGCACCAUCGAUUUCUAAUCGAGCGGGCCUAUCUGCUUCUGGUCAGCGGUGUCGUGUGGCUUCUGAGUCAAGCUCCUUUUCUGGUACUGUUCAAUGCACACCUCUUUGGCCUGCUAUCAGAUCUCAUGUCACCGUUUACGCCGGUAACGUGCUGCAGGCCGCUCAGGUGUUGUCAUUGCCCAAGAAUGCCACGGUGUCUCAUGAAGUAAUUUUCCUCUUGAAAUUGCUUUAUUCUAAUAUUUGGAUAUUUUUAUAUCCAUUGGUUUAG